ACUCGUUCGAUUGAACCGUCAUUCGGCUUGCUUUUUGGCGACUUACUAAAUGAUCUCGAUGUUGGCACUACUGGUGCUGCUGUGAUAAUAAGUGCCUUGGAUGUUUGUAUGAAUUUUUCUGGUUUAUUUGUGGGACCGUUGCUCAAGGAGUUCUCAUAUCGUAAAGUAGCAAUAGCAGGGUCUCUACUCUGUGGUCUAGGCUUAGCUUUAACAUCUCCUGCGAACAAUAUGGCACAUAUAUUGAGCACGUACAGUGUUAUCAACGGUAUAGGUGUUGGAUUGGCUACAUCAGCUGCAUUUGUUGCAUUGAAUCACUAUUUUAAACAUAAACGUGGUCAGGCAGUAGGUCUUUCUAUGGCUGGUACCGCGAUGGGCAUGUUGAUAAUGCCUCAACUUGUAAGAAUUUUAUUAGAGGGUUUUGGUUUUCGUGGCGCAAUCCUAAUUUUAGCUGGCGUAGCGUUACAUUCUACUGUUGGAUCAGUAUUACUUCAACCUGCUAAAUGGCAUAUGAAGGAAGAGGUAAUUGAUGAGGAAAUGAUGAUUGUGGGACCGCCAUCGCCUGAAAUUAAAAUAACGAAAGAAGAUGGUGCAGAAGAAGAUGCCUUACCAGAACUUAAUACUUUACUAUUUAAUAAGCAUAAUUUACGUAUGCAGCAAAAUAUGCGUAAAAAUUAUUCAGAAAUAGCUAUGGACACGAUGAAUGGAUCUCGACUUGGACUACCCAAACGUCCUACGUUCCCACGUAUAAUGUCAUUAGCAGGAGUUCAAUCGGCUGCAAACGGUUAUAAUUCAAACGUUGAUGUCAAUACUGAGCUGCGGCAUCGCAAGGCUUCCGUCACUUCAAAUCUAUCAUACAUGGACUUUACUGGUUCCAUAUUACAAGUGCAUAUGAACGUCGGUGAUGAGGAAUUCGAAAGAAAUGACCGCGAACUGAAACGUGUUAAUAGUGCAGCCACUUCGAGCAUGAUGAACGCACACCACGACUCAUUUAUCAAAAUGAAACCAACUGAUUUAGAAAAAGAGUCUGAAAUCGAUAAUAAACCAGCAGAAAAGAAAGCCGGGUUUUGGAGACGCUUCGCUGAUUUAAUGGACGUUGAUUUACUUAAAGACAAAAUUUUUUUAAAUAUUCUUUUUGGUCUUUCCAUCUUUUAUGUUGGCGAAAUGAAUUUUAAAAUGGUAACGCCAUUUUUCUUCGCAAAUUUAGGAUACAGUAAAACCGAUGUUGCUUUCUGCCUAUCAAUCACAGCUAUAACUGAUAUAGCCGCUCGUAUAGUAUUGCCACCUAUAUUUGAUCGUACAACUAUAAAAAAGCGCACUGUCUUUUUAAUAUCAAUCAUUUUUGUGGCAAUAACACGUUCAAUUAUGGCCGAACAAACCGACUGGACUCAAUUAAUGAUUUGGCUUUCAAUAUGCGGGUUUUUUCGAGGUUCUGCCUUAAGUAACUUUACCCUAACUGUUUCUGAAUAUUGCUCUCUAGAAAAGCUUCCCUCUGCUUUUGGCUGGCAUUUAGUGGGCAAAGCCAUAUUUGUGAUUUGCUUUGGACCAUUAAUAGGUCUUAUACGUGAUGUUACAGACAGUUAUCCUAUAUGCAUACAUGCACAAAGUUUUUGUAUAUGUAUGUGUGGAGUUGCUUGGGGCAUUGAGUAUACCAUCAACUAUAUACGGGAUAAAAAAGCGGACCAAAUAAAGACUUCUGCGCCGACUGCAGAUAUCAACCUUAAAUAAAUUUGUUUCUAAUUAUUAUUAUUUAGCUAAUUUUACAGAAAUGCAUAAAUUAGGAUAUUAAUUUUUACAAAUUAAAGUUUAAGCAGAUGUUAAUGGCUAGUAGUACGAAACAAUCCCUAAUGUGCCUGAUCUGAUAAAUGGGCAAUACCCAAUUAUAUAUACAAGUAGUAGUUAUAUGUUAUAUAUAUAUAUAUAUAUCAUAUAUUUUAAAAUAUACAA